AUGGCUUCCAGACAGCUAACAAUAGAAAUGUUAAAGACGGCUGUUAUUUUGGUGUUGCUGUCGCUCAGUGCUAAUGGUGACAUCUACCAGAUAUGUGGCCCCUUGCAGUGGGAGGGAGUUCAGUUUGUUGUCACGGGGACAGAGGAGGCAGGGAGACCUACCAUGAUCCAGAGUACGACCAAGUUCUCGUUUGACGCCAACAAUAGUAGGAUAGCUGCCUCUACAUCCGGGUUCCAGGACGGUCUUCAGUUCCAGAAGGACUUCCUGUUCCUGUAUCAGCAGAAAACCGUUUUUGUGAUAGAAGAAGGAAAAUGUCAUGCAGAAAAUCUGGUCAAUGAUUUUCCACCUCACUGCCUCCCAAGCAACUUCACGUGUAUGUUUGCGAGGACGUGGUACGGCUUCGAAACGAAGGACGAUGAGCUGCUUCUCUACGGCUACGCCGGCCACGUGGACGACCUGAACUACCACGUGCAGUUGUUUAUAGAAUUUGUAACGCCCGCCUCACAGCAGAUCCUUGGCAACUACAACGACCACCCAAUCUUCCAAACCUCUGAAAUCGUGAACACGACCCGUGGUAUCAAGAACCCGGAUGUAUUCACGCUGCCAGCGUCCUGCAAGACCGCUUAA